UUUCAUAUCAGGAUUCUAUGGCGAGCUCGCCAUUUCACCGUUGUUGACAAAGAAGUAUACAAGGCAUUAUCAAUGCCUCACUAAGGUGAGUGCGGUUUCAAUCUAUAAACACUCUAAAAUUGUGCUACAAGAUCGUCCUUUCUUGUUCAUGUUUUCUGCUUCAUCACCUCCGGGAUCGUCAAACAUCUGUCGGUGUAAUCUGCAUGGACGACUGCGACUGGACACGAAUCUCUAUAUUUUCGGAAUCCACUAUCUCCGCUCGGUCAUUUAUGAAUACUGGACAAAUAAUUGACAUUGAGAUCAACUGACGAGCUAUUGUCUGCUUUUUGCUCGAUUCUACCGCACCAACGACUACUACAAGUUAAACGAGCAUCCAACUUGGAUAAAUAGUACAAGGCAUCGAACUGCCUGUAGUCAGGUAAUUGAGGUUCCAAUAAUUGUAUCCAAGAUUGCGCGGUCUGUGCGGUUUUUCUGGUUGUAGCUUGUUGUCGUUCAUCGUGAUGUCUGCGGCCGAGAGAAGAAUUCGCGGUUUGAAAAACCGCAAGCGCAGUAUUAUUUCAUCGAUGUCCGGAAUCGCGUCAUUCGUAUCCAAAUAUCAAGCUGAGAGAGAUAAGCAGGAAGUAUCCGUACGGUUAGAAAACCUCAUCGCAUUAUGGUCGGAAUUCAAUAGUGUGCAAGGUGAAAUGGAAACUCUCGAAGAAGACGACGAUGUCUUGGAAGCUUAUCUAAAAGAACGAACGGAAAUCGAACGGGUAUACUAUAAGUCCAAAGGAAUCGAUUUUUGGGGUCCAAUUUACCUCAAACCUCGUCACCGCAGAGAUGCACCGCCGAAGGCCUACGUUUCGGUGUUCGUUUGUUUCAGUACAAAGGCGGUUCAUUUAGAAUUAGUUGUGGAUCUCAGUACAGCAAAGUUUCUACAAGCUUUUCGGCGGUUUAUAUCUCGCCGUGGUUUGUGCACGGAUGUCUAUUCUGAUAACGGUAAGAACUUCGUUGGAGCAGCGCAUGAGCUUCGCAAACUAUUAAAAGCCGACGACUUUCGGCAUGCAAUUGCUGGUGAAUGUUCAAAAAUUGGUAUUCGAUGGCAUUUCAACCCACCUCGCGGGUCCCACUUUGGAGGUCUGUGGGAAGCAGCGAUCAAAUCGGCACAGAAGCACUUCGUGCGUGUGCUAGGAGACCGGAAACUAGCUUUCGAUGACAUGGAAACACUCCUCGUUCAAAUUGAAGGCUGUCUGAACUCUCGACCGUUAAUGAAACUAUCAGAUGAUCCGACAGAUCUCGAAGCCUUAACCCCGGGCCAUUUUCUUGUUGGAUCAUCGUUACAAUCUGUCCCAGACGUUGAGUACGACUCCAUUCCGAUGAACCGACUGUACCAAUGGCAACAAAUUCAGAAAAUGCUUCAGGACGUUUGGAAACGAUGGCACGUGGAAUAUUUGCAUUCCUUCAACCACGCAGCAAAUGGAUCAAACCACCAAUAGAAGUGAAGAAAAAUCAAGUAGUUGUUAUCGUGGAUGAAAAUCAACCACCAAUGCGUUGGCCCAUUGCUCGGAUUCAUGAACUACAUCCAGGACGAGACGGAGUCGUACGGGUCGUUACGCUGCAGACUAAAUCAGGUCUGCUUACUCGCCCAACAGCAAAAAUUUGUAUACUUCCAAUACCGCAGACACAAAACGAACAACCAGAAGAAACGUCUACGCUCUCUAGUUAGUGUUAUCAUUUGAGGAUCGAUCGAGCAGCAUCAGGCAAAACAAAUUCAAGGCCCUUUAUCCGAAGGGUCCAGGUAAGGACCUUUCCAAUACCAUUUACCAUUUUGAAGCCGGCUACCGGGUCUUAUAUUUUCAUGUCUGUGAGGUUAACAUCGGCGAUGGAUCCAAGAACCAUCCAGAAGCUAGUGCUGAGGAUAAUACUACUAUGCAGAAGCCAACAGUCACAAGGUGGCUAUAGCAUCCGGGGGCAGCUUAUCGAUACUUUAAUUUUAUAUAAGGCUUUUCAACUGAUGG